UCGACACGUUCUGUUAUUUACCUUCUUCAGCAACAACACUGUAGAACACUGGAGGUCAGAGGCGAUACAAUGGCAAAACAACGAUUAUUGAAUUUCACAGGAGUAUCAGAUACUUGACCGUUUCCUUUUUUUCGAUAAAAGUGUUAUUGUGUUUCUGUCGCCGUCCGUGAAGUUUAUUUUACUGCUUAAAUGUCGCAGGGUGUCCGUGUAGCCGUAAACAAACAAACAUGAGUGUCGCCGUUUCUAGACAUAGAGACGCUGCAGUCGCGUCAGACUCCACGAGCUCAUCCGUCUCGAUAACAACAAGCUUCACCCGAAUCUUUAAACACAUCAGAUAUGAAAAUCUUGCUGCUGGGUUGAGUGGAGGUGUUAUUUCAACUUUGGUGCUACAUCCUCUGGAUCUGGUCAAAAUAAGGUUUGCUGUUAGUGAUGGUCUGAAAAUGCGACCCCAGUACGAUGGCAUGAUGCACUGCAUGAAGACCAUCUGGAAGCUGGAAGGGAUCAGAGGCCUCUAUCAGGGCGUCACCCCCAACAUAUGGGGGGCUGGUGCAUCAUGGGGCUUGUACUUCCUCUUUUAUAAUGCUAUUAAAGCAUACAAGCAGGAGGGACGGCAAACAGAGCUGAGCGCUGGUGAGCACCUGGUGUCUGCGGCGCAGGCAGGCAUUCUGGCGCUUUGCUUUACCAACCCGGUCUGGGUGACAAAGACCCGGAUGGUGCUGCAGUACAAUGCAGACCCGUCCCAGAAGCAGUACAAUGGAAUGAUGGACGCCCUCGUGAAAAUAUACCGUCACGAGGGUAUCCCGGGACUAUACAGGGGCUUUUUGCCUGGUCUGGUUGGGACUUCCCAUGCUGCAUUGCAGUUCAUGACCUACGAGGGCCUGAAGAGGGAGCAGAACAAAUAUAAAAAGAUGCCAUCUGAAUCGCUGCUGUCUCCAUUAGAGUACAUUGCCAUAGCAGCCGUUUCCAAAAUAUUUGCAGUGGCAGUGACGUACCCAUACCAGGUUGUGCGCGCUCGUCUUCAGGACCAGCACAAUACCUAUAGCGGGAUUGCAGAUGUGAUCAAGAGAACGUGGAGCAACGAAGGAGUCGAGGGGUUUUACAAAGGGAUGGUCCCCAACUUGGUGCGUGUCAUUCCCGCAUGCUGCAUCACCUUCCUGGUCUUUGAAAACGUGUCACGCUUGCUGUUGGGCGAGUACCACUAAACUUUCAGGACACACACACACACACACACACACACACACACACACACACACACACACACACACACACACACACACACACACACACACACACACACACACAAUAAUGGACCAACACAAAAAAAAUGGCAGGACAUAUGUAAGUGUGCUGAAGAAUAACAGGAAUAUGAACCAUUUAUCUCUGAACUCAAUGUGCAGAUUAAAAGUGUGGUUCAUAAAAUGAGGUUCAUAUGUAUAUAAGACUGAGGUUAAAGAUGUAUUGUUGAUGUUUGAGUGAAUUAAGAGACAUUACGGUGUAAUCAUAAAAUAAUACAAGACAUCCAUGAAUCCAUAUUUUCUCUCGGAGUACAGCAAAAGUGAUUUGUACAAAACCCCACAAUUUUAAGUUGUCAGGUCGAUGCGAGGAAUGUGUCAUGGAAAACUGGAUUCAAGCCAUCUGACACCAAUCCAACCAAAAUAGUCGAUGUUUGUCUUUUUUUUAAAUUGCUGCUUUAUUUGUGGACUUGAGCUAUGAGAGCGAAUGAACCCUUUCAGUGACUGAUUGGGCAUGCUCAGGAAAUGAUGUAAUGCUUGAGGAUAUUAACACACAAGCUUUGAGAGACACUGAUACCUUACUGGAGGACUAGCAUAUUUUAACCAGAUGUUUAUGGAUGCCAUCGGAAUAAGAGGAAUAUUUCAACUGGAGCGAAUGAAGAACUGUGUUAAGAGUCCAACAGAUGUAUUGUAUGUAAAGUGUGCUAUUGUGAGUAACGCACAAAGAUGAGCUUGUAUAUGUAUAAGGCAUUUUUUACACAUCUAAUUAAAGUAUAUAUAUGUAACAGA